AAAAAAACUACACCGGUAUCUAACAUCUACUGAACACAAAAAAAUACAAAACUACACGCACAAUUUUACGUUUUGUUUUCUAUUUUUAAACUUUGAAAACUUGCCGUAAAUUAAAUUUUUAAAAACAAUACCAAGAGAAACAACAUUUCCACCAACUCAACAAACAUCAGCAUUUAUUUCUCAAAAUAUGCAUUCCUCUGUCGCCUCACACUCUUUUUGCUGGUGACUGGUAAUAAGAGUGUAAAACAAAAAAAUAGAAACCAACAAACAUUUGUAUGAAAUAAAACUGAAUGAAGUACUGCAGCCAACAAAGGGAUCCUACUCGUCAUAGGCACACGAUCGUCGCCUUUGGCACAUUAGUUGUGAUCAUCCAUAUCUUGAGUUCAAAUCAAAUGUACCAGGCGCGAACUACGAACAGAUGACAAACAAGCGAACUGUCUUUAUUGUUGUAGCACUGGUCACUCUCGUUGUGAUUGUAGCUGGUGCUAAUUUCUACUUCAUGUAUUACCUGAAUGCUGAGGAGGGAAAACUCAGUAGUAUGAGGGCACUGGAGAAUAUGAUUCGCAGUAAAAUGCGCCACUUGAAGCCAGUCUAUUUGAAUCGCAAUCCAAGAUUCUUUAUGUAUCGGAAUAAGUUGCUGAGGAAUUAUAAGCCAGCUCCUUACGAGAAUGCUAGUAUACUUUGGGAUAUUGCUAAUUGGUGGCCCCAAGAAAAUGAAAUCUAUCCAAUGUAUGACUCUUCAAUGGGACAGUUGUUGCAAUCACUUCGUCUCGAGCCAAUUACGAAAGCACAGAAUCUACCCAGAGGUACACAAUUAAAAAUACUUCUCAAAUUGGCAAACCAACAGAAAAUCAUAUUCAAGCCACAAUGGUAUGACAGGGAUGUGGCCAUUGAUGGACCUGUUUAUGGUGGCAAGGAUAGACAUACUGCUGAGGUGUAUGCAUUUUAUUUGGGAGCAGUUCUAAAUUUCCGAUGGACACCGAUAGCAGUUGGUAGGAGAAUAAAUUUAAAAGAGGAAAUGUAUGAGAAGGCUGAUUCGGAAUUAAGACAUACUAUGACUAUUACAGAAGGAGAAAACUCAACGGAGUACUGUGUGUUUGGUAAAUGUCAUUAUUGCAACGAAGAUGAAACAGUCUGCGGCGAUGAAAAUAACAUGAUUGAAGGUGUUCUCCUUUAUCUUAUUCCUGGAUCCCUUUCAAAAAAACGCUCACCGUGGCAACGAACGUACAAAGAUGGAGUCAGAGCUCCAUGGGAAGAUGAUAUGAAUUACUGCAAAUCACUCAAAAAUAAAUUAGAAACAUCAAGACUCCUAGACUUGAUCGAUGUAGCCAUAUUCGAUUAUCUAAUACAAAAUGGAGAUAGACAUCAUUACGAAACACGCGAGGAUCGUGUUGUUCUAAUCGAUAAUGGAAAAGCAUUUGGAAAUCCAAAUAAAGAUUUUCUUGAUAUCUUAGCACCAUUGUACCAAUGUUGCAUGCUACGCAAAACAACAUGGGAUAGACUUCAAGUCUUUUCUGGUGGUGUAUUAACAGAUAUUAUUGAUCGUCUCAGUAAACCGGACCCUCUUCAUCCACUGAUCACGGAUAAACACAAACGAGGUGUCGAACGACGGUUGUUGGUAGUUUAUGCCGUAGUAGAAUAUUGUAUGGAUAUAUACGAUGAUAAAAUGUUUAAGACGUAAAAUAAAUAAAAUGAUACUACACUAGAAUUUAAAAUA